ACAGCAAGCUAAUGACGCUACGAAUGCCCUUAACAAUUAUCUGCAAUCCAUCGGACAAAGCUCCGCUUUAAGCUGGAUCGAUGUCCGCCAGGGCCCCACACACCAGUACGUGUGGACGUCCACUUGCAGAAUUUCCGGCAUUCCCUACGGAAUAGGCUCGGGUACUUAUAAACACCAGGCUAGAAAUGUGGCAGCUAGUCAGGCGUUGACUGCAUUAAGGUCUGACCAAGGCUGAAUUAUAAGUCACCGCCGUGAAGGCUGGCUCUCGCGGAUGUCGAUGAGUUAGUCGAGUUCAUAUUGUAUUAUCUUCAUUUGUUCGCAUUUCCCCCUCUUUUUGCAAGUUGCGCAUUUCUUCUACGUCCAUCCUCAUGUAUUUUCAUUCAUCAAUAUGCAUCACCAUUCAUCAUACAUACUUCAAUGGAAGUUCCUGUACCUAUAUCACUUUUAGUUUAUACACGUCAUUCAUCUUAUCUAAUCUAUCUCAUUAGCACAUCAGGGUCCGUGAUCAUUUUUGCCUCUCU